AUGGCACCCGUCACAGUCAAUGACACCGGUGUCACGAAGUCGUUCCAACCCCAGCAAAUUGAGGACAGGCUCUUCAUCAACGGAGAGUUUGUGCCAUCGAUAUCUGGUAAGAAAUUCGACGUCUACAACCCUACAACGGAAAAGCUGGCCGCGUCAGUCUACGAAGCCGACGUUGAAGAUGUCGACCUUGCCGUUAAGGCUGCGAAGGAAGCAUUCCCGGCCUGGUCUGCCCUAUCCGCAGCCGAGCGGACCAGCUAUCUGAAUCGGCUCGCCGAUGCUAUCGAAACGAACGCCGGUGAGCUUGCCUAUCUCGAGGCUAUUACUAUGGGCAAGCCAUAUGUCGACGAUUUCUCCAUCAAACUCUCAGUAUAUAACCUACGGUACUUCUCGGGGAAAGCACUCGACGUGACGGGCGAUUCAAGCCUCAACACCAAGGAUUUUGUGAACUUAACAUUACGACAACCGUUCGGAGUCUGCGGCGCUAUUACUCCUUGGAACGUUCCGCUACUUAUGCUGAUCAAUAAGGUCGGCCCAGCACUCGCCACCGGCAAUACGUUAGUAUUGAAGUCAUCUGAGAAAUCGCCUCUCUCUUCUCUCGUCAUCGGCCGCCUAGCCCAAGAGAUCGGCCUGCCUAAAGGCGUACUCAAUAUCUUAUCUGGCUACGGCCGUCCCUGCGGCGAGGCUAUCGCAAAGCAUAUGGACAUUCGUAAGGUGAGCUUUACGGGCAGCGUUGUUGCAGGACGCGCUAUCAAAAAGGCUGCUGCAGAGUCGAACCUGAAGAAAGUUACGCUCGAGCUCGGUGGGAAGUCUCCCCUCAUCGUGUUUGAGGAUGCAGACUUGGCUAAAGCCGUCCCUGCUGCCACAAUGAGUAUCCUCUUGAACAGUGGGCAGUCUUGUAUCGCCAGCUCGCGGAUAUACGUACACGAGUCUAUCGCUACGCAGUUUACUGAGAAUAUGAAGGCUGCUAUGGCAGAACUCUUCCCAGCUGCGGACCCGCUCAUAGCGGGGACAGGACGUGGGCCACAGGUCGACAAGGCACAAUUCGAUCGCGUGAUGUCCUAUCUCGACUACGCGAGAGAAAAAAAGUUGACUGUACCCUUGGGCGGUGGCCGCCAAGGUACGACAGGAUAUUUUGUCGAGGCUACCAUCAUCUCUAACGCCCCAGAGGACUCCAAGGUUAUGAAGGAAGAGAUCUUCGGGCCUGUUGUGUGUGUCAACACCUUUUCCGAUGAGUCAGAAGUUCUUCAACGUGCGAAUGAUACCGAGUUCGGUCUGUACGCCAGUGUCUUUACGAAGGACAUCUCACGGGCAUUGAGAGUGGCCAAAGCGCUCGAGGCGGGCAGUGUGGGUGUUAACUGCUCGUCGCCGACCAUGGCGGUUGAUUUGCCGUUUGGUGGGUGGAAACAGAGUGGGGAUGGACGGGAGUUGUCUAAGUAUUGUACUGACUAUUGGACCGAGCUGAAGAGCGUAUUCAUCUCGUUGUAG